UCGUUUAUCCUACUAACAUGAAUGCAGCAUAGACAACAGAUUCGGCGCAGUUCCUGGUGGACGGACACGAAGACUUAUUAGUCGAUAAAAGCUACUUUUCAACAGCUAAUGCAAACCCAGGGGUGAAUUAAGUUGGAGGAACAAUAUAAACGGAGAAAUGCGGCACUAGCUUGCGCCUCUAAUGGCUUUUGUAGCUGAAUGCUCUGAGAUAGAGUCGGGAUGUUUUCAACCAACAUGGAAACAAAAAGAGUGGAGAUCCCCUCCGGAGUACUUGACGACCUCUGCAGCCGGUUCAUUCUACACAUCCCCAGUGAGGAGAGGGACAAUGCCAUCCGUGUGUGCUUCCAGAUUGAACUGGCCCACUGGUUCUACCUGGACUUCUGCAUGCAGAACACUCCAGGAGCCCCUCACUGUGGGAUAAGAGACUUCGCCAAAGCUGUCUUCCAUCACUGUCCAUUUCUGCUGCCUCAUGGCGAAGAUGUGCAGAAAGUUUUCGAGCGGUGGAAGGAGUACAAGAUGGGUGUUCCUACAUAUGGGGCAAUCAUUCUAGAUGAAGCACUGGAAAAUGUACUCCUUGUUCAGGGCUACCUUGCAAAAUCCGGCUGGGGCUUUCCAAAGGGGAAAGUAAAUGAGGACGAAGCUCCUUAUGACUGUGCUGUUCGUGAAGUGAUGGAGGAGACAGGCUUCGACAUCAAGUAUCGCAUCUCCAAAGACAAGUACAUAGAGCAGAAGAUCACUGAUCAGCUGGUGCGGCUCUACAUCAUACCAGGAGUGUCCAAGGAUACAAAGUUUAACCCCAAAACAAGGAAAGAGAUCAGGAACAUUGAAUGGUUUCCCAUCGAGAAGCUGCCCUGUCACCGGAAUGACAUGACCCCAAAGUCUAAACUUGGACUUGCCCCCAACAGGUUUUUCAUGGCCAUUCCAUUCAUAAGACCACUGCGGGAAUGGAUUAGCAAGCAGAAAGGCGAGUCAACAGACAGCGAUGAGGACCUGGCAAACAGCAACACUCCGUCCAAACCUGCAGACAACAUUCGGUCAAAAUCCCGUCACCUCACAGCUACAGAUGCAUUUCCUGUGGAGAGCUGGCCCAAACACAAGCAGCAGAAAACUCUGGGCCAGCUGAGCCAGUUUGAACUGAGCCAGAAACCAAAUUUGAAGGGAAAUGGGAAGAAAUGUCAGGACUCACCUUACAUGAAGAAAGGAGGGAAUGAUAAUGGAGCCAGCAGCCAGCUGGUGAAAACCCCAUUAAAAGACGAUAAGAAGCUUCAGCCCAGAAGACUACAAGACAGUUUUGAUAAAGAUGGGACUCCUAGCAGCUCCAACGGUGACAGCAGAGACUGUGAGCAAUUUCUGUCCUCCAAGACUUUCCUGAACUUCAGAUUUGACAGAGAUGCCAUCAUGAAAUGUUUUGACUACUAACAUGAUGCUCUCUCCCGCUCCUGUAACAACAUCAAACCCCGACGCCAACAGGCUUUUCAUCAAACAGUCCACGCAAGGAUGUUACUGAUGUUUUCCUUCUUGGCUCGCUUAUCAUGACUGCAGCUUUGCUAGGGGAUUUUGCCCAUUUGCCACUGACCAAGUAGAUUCAGCUGAACUCUUUGCGUUCAUUACCCAAACUUUCAGACCUUUUAAAAUGGCACUGUCUUUGGUCAUCCAGAAUCCUAAUUUCAGUCAGCUUGAUACAAUACUGCAAGACUGCAUAGGUCGAUUAUUAGGCUUUUAAAAGCAGAAGAUAUAUUUUGAGAACAUGGAUUUUUAAUCACAGGAAGAGAAAGGAAAAAAGCUAAUUACUGUUAUAACUUGAAACAGGCCGGUGAAUUAUUGUUGAAUAUAACAUUUUAUUUUAAGAUGUAAUCAUUUCUACGCAUUCAGUUGAAACCCAUAAAUGUUUGGGAUGAUGACUACAUUUUGGUUUUAACAGUAUUUUUGGCUUUAUUAUUCUACAGUGUUAUUUGCCUUUUACCAACAUUACUUACGAUUUUAUUCAGAAACGUAGAAUUUAACAUUGAAUAUUGAUCUGGGAAAGGAAGAACAAUACGUCUUUGCAACUUCAUCUUUGUAAAUUGAAUGUCAUUAAAUUCAUGUUGCACAUUUGUAUGGAAGUCUAUGGUUGCAAAUAUUAAAAUAGAUUCACUAAAUUAAACGGACAUUUCAUUUACAAUGUCAUGAAACAAGGUCACGAAAAUCAAAAUAAUAAAAUUCAUCUAACAAAUUUCAGUUUACUCUACGGCAUGCGCACAACGAUACUAAGACAGCAUCUGUGACCAAAAACAGGAGCCUUGAUUGUAACUUGAUUGUGAUUUUAUUUUCAGCUCUAGACUGUACAUGGUCUACCAGUGUCAUUUAAUGAUAAUGAUAAUUCAUUUACAUUCAGUUUGUUAAGCCUAUUGGGAGAGAAAUGCUCAGGAAAUUAAUCAGUCAGCAGAAUUUAAUUUACAUUUCUCACAUUUCAUGCAUUUUCCACGAAACUGGUUCAUUUUCUUAUUUUCAUGACUUUCAGAGACUUCCACACUUUGUCUUGUUGUUUGCCUUAAAGUGAGCCACACCGCAUUUAUAUUUGUCUGGUUUUUAGCACUCUUACAAGUAGUCUGUUCUGUACUGCAGACAAACCAUUUACAUGUGAAAUUUUUAGUUUAGAUUUCCAAAUGUGGAUUUCUUAGCUACAAUAGUGUUUGGUGGGUAUGGAAACUGACAGAAGAUUUGGUCUGUGUACCAUCUUUGACCACUGUGUUAUAAACUGCUUUUUCAGAAGGCUAUUUAAGGGAUUUCUACAUGCUUCAUAAGAAAAUACAAGCGAAGAAAAAAUUCAUAGAAUGACUGGCAACUUUUUCAGUCGAAAGUCAAACAACUGAUAUUUUCUAAAGAGCGUGUUGUCUCCAUGCAUGUCUGGAUGUGACACUGAUUCUUGGGACAUUUGUUACUGCGGGUCUUUGUAAUUGAUUGUACAGAUGGUGAUCUCAAGUUCUCCUUUGGUUUCAGAUGUAUUUUGACUUUAAAUGUGAAUAUUAAUAAAGACUGUUUUUUCACUCUCA